AAAAACUAUAAGAGGAUCAUUUAACACUGCGUAGAAAUUGCAGUGUAAAAAGUGCUCCUGAUCAAUCGGUUGUUUCCUUCCAAGACUGCUAUUGCUUGUAUUCCCAUAAGGAUGUUCGCAAACAGUUCCUUGUCGCCCGCGACAAUCGCGCUAGCACUGCUUGUUCUCGUGUUUGGUUGUGGAGAAAUAGUGAGGAUCGAACUCAAGCUCAGCGAACAGUCGACGAGAAUCCGUGACUUGGAGCACAAUCUGCAGACCAAGUGUGGCGUCAUAGACUCUAGCAAAACUCCCAAUGAUGAAUCAAGCCUACCUCACCGCGAUCGAAGAGCAGCCCCCACCCCUACCCCCACAGGAUAUCAAAACAUGCAGAACCAGCUCGCGGCCAUUUCCAAGACCCUCGCUCUACUCGCCUCCCAUAACAACGUGCGAGGCCCCCCUGGUCCUGCAGGCCCCCCCGGAUCUAAAGGAGAAAAGGGCAAUCGAGGGCGACGGGGAAGACGUGGGCCGCGAGGUCCCCCGGGAAAACCAGGAGCUGACGGAAAGCCGGGUAUUCGUGGACCUCCGGGGCCGAAGGGCGACAAGGGAGAGAAAGGGGACGCGGGUCCACGUGGAUUAAAAGGAGACCCUGGCAAGAUACGAGAUGCUCCGAGAGUAAUAAUAGCACCACAGAAAUUAAAUAUAGACUCAAGUGCGACCGUGGUGCUCAACUGUUCAGUCAGCGGUAAUCCGAGCGCUCCUGUCACCUGGAGUAAGAUUGGCGGUAGUCUUCCCAGGAAUAGGUCACGGGAUGACGGCCGUGGGGGCCUGGUGAUUAGAGACGCUAGGAGCAGUGACGCGGGAUUGUACGAGUGCGCAAGUGUGGGUGGAUUGUACAAGUCACGUGAUACGGCGGUUGUCUCAGUUAACGCCCCUCCUCAGGUGAGAAUCGCUGGAGUGACGUCACGAGUCUUAGCUGGAAACACCAUUACCUUACCGUGGUGUCACGUGACCGGGUACCCAAAGCCCAAAAUCACGUGGCUCUUCAACAACGGUUCCCUCCCGAGUCGCGCAGCGGUAUCGCCGCGUAACGCUGUGGUUGUCACCUCGGCCCAGUCUCAAGACUCGGGGACCUAUACAUGUCAGGCUGUGAAUAGAAUGGGGAAAGCGGCUGCUCACACUACACUUGAGAUCGAACCACGGCUUGCAUUUACCUUCAAGCCUCCAAGUGUUCUACCACUGGUUGUCGAUCAAACAAUAACGCUGACAUGUAGCGUGAACAAGAUUGCGAAAAUCACGUGGAGUAAACGGGGUGGGGUGCUGCCAAAUGGGAGAGUGGAGCAGAAUGGAAACGCGCUGACCAUCAAGAGGUUGUCAAGAAGCAAGGACCAGGGUACUUAUACGUGCCACGCCCAGGCUGGGGACGAGGUGGUUCAGGCGGAGACAAGGCUUGUAUAUGCGUGCGAUUCUUCCUGGCACUAUUUUGACGGCAAGUGUUAUUUCCUGUCAACUGUCGAAGAGCCCUGGACAGCAGCGGAGAGAUCAUGCCGAGUGAGAGGCAGCACCCUUGUCAUCGUGAACAAUCUCAUGGAAAACGAGUUCAUUCGUUCACUUAUGCCCAGUGGCUCUGAGGUCUGGAUUGGUUUGCGGUGGCAAUACAGGCAAUGGUCGUGGCUUGAUUACAGCUCUUACGGCUUCAAGCAUUGGCAGAUGUUUGAUGAGAAAGUUCAGGUUCCUUCAGCUACUUAUUAUGGCUGUAUGGUGCCUAGUGGGUACUGGGGCCGACAUCGCAGGGAAAGUCUCAAAAUUCCCUUCGUUUGUGAAACAUCUAGUCCUUAUAGAAGUUAAAGACAUGGACGGAUAAAAAAACCCUUCGUUUAUGAAGAUAGCAUAGUCUUAGACCUGUAGCAGGCCUGGGGCACGAUGCAGAAGCGAAAAUAUUGGGGGUAUAGUCACGCCCCUUCUUGUCAUUUCCUAGUAAUAUAUGAAGAUAUUGUAGUUGGCACAAUUGGUGGGAAUAAUCAUAAUCAUGAUGGUGAUAUGGUAGUGUGAGUGGUUGUAGAUGGUGUCUGCAGGGUGUGUGUUGUUGCAUCCUCGGGGACUCAGGGCGUACUGAGCGUAACGAGCGUUACGUUAGUUAACUUGAUUGUGCUUACAAUUUAUAGUGUGUGUUUGUGUGGUGAUUUUAGUGGUAGUGAUGGUGCUCAAUUAAAAACCAAUUGUAGAAAAA